CCUUCCCGUCCUUCCCGCUCCUCCCUCCCUCCCUCCCUCGCUGCUCUGUUCCCUCCCUCCUGCAGUCCGUCCCCUCCUUCUCUGCCCAGCCUCUCCACAGCCGAGGCUCCAACACCUGAAGGGACAGAAGCGGACGGACGGACGGACGGACGGACGGACGCGGGGAGCUCCAACAGGCGGCGGCGCGGGACCUCGGGUCCAGGGGUGGCUUCCGCAUGGCCCCGCCGUGAGAGGGAACCCCGAGGCAGGGACCCGAGUGUGUUUUGGAGCCCUAGGGCUGGCUGGGUCAGAUGGAAGCAGUGACUGUCAUGGAUGAAGAAAAGCUCCCAUGUGAACUGUGUGAGGAAGGAGGCGCUGUCGAGGACCACAGCCUGGAGCCUGAAGGGGAGCCUGGGGUCCAGAAUGGAAUGGAAGCCAGUGGGGGCCCAGGCAGCCACACCAGCAGCCCAGGCGGUGGGAAGAGAGGCCCCUUAGAGGGAACCAUGGAGCCCGUGGGAGACCCAGAUGCGGCCCUGCCUGGCCUUAGCCUCUCUCUCACCAACGGCCUGGCCUUGGGACAAGAUGGGAACAUUCUGGAAGAUUCCAUGGAAUCCAGGCCCUGGAGGGCUAGUGGACCAGCAGAGGAGGAGGAGGAUGUGUCCAGAAAUCUCUGUCCAGAUGCUGAGGACCCUCAGCUGGGGCUGGAUUGCCCUGGGGAGCCAGAUGUGCGGGAUGGCUUCAGUGCCACUUUUGAGAAGAUUCUGGAGUCAGAGCUGUUGCGGGGCACCCAGUACAGCAGCCUGGACUCAUUGGAUGUGCUGAGCCUCACUGACGAGAGCGACAGCUGUGUCAGCUUCGAGGCCCCCCUUACACCUCUCAUCCAGCAGCGGGCCCGAGACAGCCCCGAGCCUGGGGCUGGGCUGGGCAUUGGGGACAUGGGGCCUGAGGGGGACCUGGGGGCAGCUGGUGGUGGUGAUGGGGAGCUGGGCAGCCCCCUGAGGCGGUCCAUCUCCAGCAGCCGCUCGGAGAAUGUCCUGAGCCACUUGUCCCUCACCUCGGUGCCCAAUGGGUUCCAUGAAGAUGGACCUGGGGGCUCAGGAGGGGACGACGAGGAUGAUGAGGACACGGACAAGUUGCUGAACUCUGCCAGUGACACCAGCCUCAAGGACGGCCUGUCGGACUCGGACUCAGAGCUGAGCAGCUCCGAGGGGCUGGAGCCCGGUGGCACAGAUCCUCUGACCAACGGGUGCCAGGGGGUCAGUGAAGCCGCUCGCCGGCUGGCCCGCCGCCUCUACCACCUUGAGGGCUUCCAGCGCUGCGAUGUGGCCCGGCAACUGGGCAAGAACAAUGAGUUCAGCAGGCUGGUCGCUGGAGAGUACCUCAGUUUCUUCGACUUCUCAGGCCUCACGUUGGACAGAGCACUCAGAACCUUCCUGAAGGCCUUCCCACUGAUGGGAGAGACGCAGGAGCGAGAGCGAGUCCUUACCCACUUCUCCCGCCGGUAUUGCCAGUGUAACCCAGACGACAGCACGUCAGAAGAUGGAAUCCACACACUUACCUGUGCCCUGAUGCUGCUUAACACAGACCUGCAUGGACAUAACAUUGGCAAGAAGAUGUCCUGCCAGCAAUUCAUUGCCAACUUGGACCAGCUGAAUGAUGGCCAAGACUUUGCCAAAGACCUGUUGAAGACGCUUUACAACUCCAUCAAGAACGAAAAGCUGGAAUGGGCCAUUGAUGAGAAUGAGCUGAGAAAAUCCCUGUCUGAGCUGGUGGAUGACAAGUUUGGGACAGGCACAAAGAAGGUGACUCGGAUCUUGGAUGGUGGCAAUCCAUUCCUGGAUAUCCCGCAGGCCCUCAGCGCGACCACCUACAAGCAUGGCGUGCUGACCCGGAAGACUCAUGCUGACAUGGACGGCAAGAGGACACCCCGUGGGAGGCGUGGCUGGAAGAAGUUCUAUGCGGUGCUCAAAGGGACCAUCCUGUACUUGCAGAAGGAUGAGUACAGACCCGACAAGGCUCUGUCUGAGGGUGACUUGAAGAAUGCCAUCCGUGUGCAUCAUGCUCUGGCCACCAGGGCUUCUGACUACAGUAAGAAGUCCAACGUGCUCAAGCUGAAGACGGCAGACUGGAGGGUCUUCCUCUUCCAGGCACCGAGCAAGGAAGAAAUGCUGUCCUGGAUCCUGAGGAUCAACCUCGUGGCUGCCAUCUUCUCCGCACCUGCCUUUCCAGCAGCCGUCAGCUCCAUGAAGAAGUUCUGUCGACCCCUGCUGCCCUCCUGUACCACUCGCCUCUGCCAGGAGGAGCAGCUUCGGUCUCAUGAGAAUAAGUUGAGGCAGGUGACUGAAGAGCUGGCUGAGCACAGAUGUCAUCCAGUGGAGAGAGGCCUCAAGUCCAAGGAGGCGGAGGAAUACCGGCUGAAGGAACAUUAUCUCACGUUUGAGAAAAGCCGUUAUGAGACCUAUAUCCAUCUCCUGGCUGUGAAAAUCAAAGUGGGUUCAGAUGACCUGGAGCGGAUCGAGGCCCGGCUGGCUACUCUAGAAGGGGAUGACCCAGCUCUCCGGAAAACACACUCAAGCCCUGCCCUCAGCCUGGGCCACGGGCCUGUGACUGGCAGCAAAGCCACCAAGGAUGCCUCUACGCCUGAUACUUAGCUGGUGUGGCUGUGCAGGCCCUGGAGGCAGGCAAAUGUCCCCAGAGGGGUCAGUGAGCACAAUUCCAGCCAGAGGCUGCUUGGACCAAGCUCCAGGCAGUUAACCGGCCACCAGAGGGGUACGGAGAGCCUCGCGAUCAAGGAGAUACCAUUCAUGGCGCUGAUCUUCUCACAUUCUGGGCCACCUCUGGCCUAGAAUCUCUCCUAGCCCUGGCUGCCCUCAAGUCAUGGGACCUGGCUUUGCGGGUCAGACAUGCUCCAGGGCUGCCAACUGGAGAAGUCCGUCUCUGUUGCUUCCCCAGGCCCUUUCUCAUCAAGCUUCUCCCUCAUCUUGUAUUUGUGAGGAUGGGUCUGAACUCUGGGUCUAAGCUUGGACACGUACCCUGUCUCCUCUUUCCUCUCAGUUGACCAGCAGCAGCAGGUCUAUGGACCACCAGCAACGCCUUCUCCUUGCCUUUUCCCAGCAACCUUUGCAACUGGUCCAGUUCUCCGGCCUCACAUUGCAAUAAUCUGAGGCCUAGCCUCCACUCAGUGCCAAGCUGAUUCCACUCACGUGUAUGCUCACCUCUCCUUUUAUCCACUGAGGCCUCUCCUGCCUCUUUUUUAUAUGGACACAUAUAAAUUAUAUAUAUAUGUAAAGAACUCAUUUAAAGAAAGUUUGAGAACUA